AUGAAUAAAUCAAGAAUAUUAAAAGAAGCAAAUGAAGCAGCAAAGUUGAAAGAAAAGGAAAAUUUUGUUCUACUUUUUGAUGAAAAUGAUAUUUUUAAGUGGAAGGCUUUUAUUGUUGGACCUGAAGAUUCACCAUAUUCAGAUGGAAUAUUUGAAUUAGGCAUAAAUUUACCUUCAAACUAUCCAAUAUAAGCUCCUUAAGUGAUAUUUAAGACAAGAAUAUUCCAUCCUAAUAUACAUUGGGAAACAGGAGAGAUAUGUUUGAAUGUCGUAAAGGAUGAAUGGUCUCCUUAUUGGACUUUGGAAGCUCUUUGUAGAGCAGUGCAAUAAUUAAUGAGUAACCCAAAUGCUGACUCACCACUGAAUUGUGAUGCAGGAAAUCUUGUUCGUAGUGGUGAUAUGGAUGGUUAUUUAAGCUUAGCAAGAGUUUUAACAGAUGAGUAUGCAAUUUAAAAAGAUGAAUUCUUAAAAAAAAUAUAGGAAUAAGCUUCAAAUAAAUGA